AAAGCAAAAGGCAAAAGGCAAACAGGCCCUUAGAAACGAAAAAUAAUUCAAGCGUUGAUAUUAUCGUCACCAGUGAUCUGGUUCACGAUCUGAGCUCGCUUGGCAGACGAAACAUGGACAAAGAAGAGGAACAAGAACAGCACACUACCAACGCCACCAUUGACCCUAACACUGCUUUGAUCGACAGCUUCUGCGAGAUCACGUCGGCUUCCAGGGGCGAAGCCGUCUUCUUCCUCGAAAGCCACCAGUGGAACCUCAACGCCGCCGUCUUCACCUUCUUGGAAGGCGCCGACGCCGCCGACGCUAGACUCCCUGUUCGCUCGCCUUCUCAGUUGGCGUCGCCGUCGAGGUCUGCCGCUUCGUCUCCCUCCCGUUCUCGCUCGCCCUCUCCGCCUCUCUCUCGCGCCCCGUACAGUCUAAGGUCUAGGCCGGAGGCCGUUACUAGGUCGUCCUCGUCUUCCUUCAAGAAGUCAACUGGUGGCCGUACGAGUGGCGUUCGUACGCUUUCAGAUCUGAAUCGAACAGCUCGGGAUGGCUCUGGCAGUGAUUCCGAUGAACCGCAGGAGUACUACACUGGCGGCGAGAAAAGUGGAAUGCUUGUCCGAGAUCCUUCCAAGCACAAUGAUGUGGAUGCAAUUUUCGAUCAAGCUAGACAGUCUGGAGCUGUGGAAGCACCUGCUGAUUCAGUACGCCCGUCAUCGAGCUCAAAAAGCUUUACUGGAACUGGAAGAUUACUCUCUGGGGAGACAGUUCCAUCAGCACCUCAGCCACCUGAAGCUGUUAAUCAUACUGUCAUAUUUUGGAGUAAUGGAUUCACUGUGGAUGAUGGUCCUUUGCGGAGGUUAGAUGAUCCUGAAAAUGCAUCCUUCUUGGAGAGUAUCAGGAAGUCUGAAUGUCCAAAAGAACUUGAGCCAGCUGGUAGGGGGGCUGUGGUCCAUGUUAAUCUUACGAGAAGAGAUGAAAAUUACACUGAACCAGUAAAACGCCGCAUUCCAUUCCAAGGUAUGGGAAGAACUUUAGGUAGCAGCAGUGAGAGUGAGACUGCCCAAGAACCAGGCAUUGCUGCCACCAUCUUCAAUACCGCUCCAUUGCCAUCUAUGGGCCUUGUUGUGGAUGAAGCAUCACCAUCAACAUCAAUUCAGCUCAGAUUGGCUGAUGGUACACGCUUGGUUUCACGCUUCAACUACCACCAUACAAUCAGUGAUAUCCGAGCUUUCAUUGAUGCAUCAAGGCCUGGUGGAGCGAGAACUUAUCAAUUGCAGGCUAUGGGAUUCCCUCCUAAACAACUCACCGAUCUGGACCAGACAAUUGAGCAGGCUGGCCUGGCCAGUUCUGUUGUCAUCCAGAAAUUCUAGCUGGGUGCUUGGGCUUUAACAUUCCUGAGUUGCUUAGUUUGCUUCAUUUGUUUUCUAUAUUUCUCGUUGCUUUGGGUUGAUUUUGCCCCGCGCCCCUCCCCCCUCUCCACAAAAGAAAAAAAAAAAGGGCAAAUAUUGCCAACACUUUCAUAUUUGUUUUGUUGAUGGAAUCCUUGUCACAUGCAAGGAAAUUGUCUUUUGUCAUACUCAAUUAAAGGUUUUUAGUGAACCUAUAUAUUCUGUAGGAUUUCGAGUA